CGGUGGAUGGGGCCGGGCGGCGCGGCUCCGACCAGCUGCAGCCGCACGCGGUGGAAGUGUACGUGACGGAUGAGGGCAGCGGCGACGGCCGCCGCGGCCACCCGCGGCCCGGCGGCAAGCGCAACCCCUGGUGGACCGUGCUGAGCCUGGGCAGUGUGUCAGUGAUGGCGCGGUCGCUGCGCCACCAGACGUCCGGCUGGCUGGAGAUGUCGCGCCGACGGCAGAUGAGCCACCGGCACUCGCCGCUGAACCCGCCGCAGCCGACGGCCGCCGACCAGCAGCUCUUCCAGGCCAUCGACAAGCGCAGCCUCGAGCUGGUGACGACCAGCCUCGACCGCGGAGCCAACGUCAACGCCGUCAACGGCUUCUUCGGCGAGUCGGCGCUGCACCAGGCGGCGCGCGUCAAGUGGCGACAGGGCGUGGAGCUGCUGCUCGGACGCGGCGCCGACGCCAGCAUCGAGAACAAGUUCUUCCAGACGCCGCUGCACUUCACGGCGGUGGCCGGCUGCGCCGAGUGCCUGAGCGUGCUGCUGGCGCGGCGGCGCAGCGCCGUGUUCGUGCAGGACAUGCUGCGCUGCGUGCGCCAGCUGCUGGAGGCCGGCGCCGAGGUCAACUUGCCCGACAACCAGGGCGAGACACCGCUGCACAAGUGCGCCAAGGCCGGCUCCAUACCGAACGCGGUGGCGCUGCUGAACGGCGGUGCCGACCUCAAGGCCAAGAACUCGGAGGGCGAGACGGCGCUGGCGAUGAUGCUGAGGAACAUCCCGAACGCGCUCGACAGCAUCCUCGACCACUGCCUGGUGCCGAACAAGCUGCCGAAGAACAACAAGAACUUCGAGAUCACCGUCAACUUCAAGCCGCUGAUCCGCGCCGACGCCAUGUGCCACACGGACAUGCUCCGGAACUUCAUUCGGAUCGGCGAGUCGGACGUUCUCAUCCACCCCGUGUGCCAGGCGUUCCUGGCGCUCAAGUGGCAUCGCGUGGUCAAACUCUUCGUGUUAAAACUGCUGUUCUACAUGGUGUUUGUGGUUGUGAGUACGUUCUUCAUCCUCAAUAAGUUCGUGUGGGAGAAAGAAAACCGGGUGAUCCACCCGGCGGCGAACGCGAGUGCCAACAACGUCAGUGAGGGCACGCAGUCCCCAGGUGCAUCUGGCGACAGUGAUAAGGAACGAACUUCUACGUUCACGGCCAAAAUCAUGGAGUGGGAAGCGGGCUUUUACUGGACGUCCGUGACCAUGGUUGCGAUUCUGGUGGUGCACGAGGUCCUCAACAUCAUCUCGUCCGCGUCCAACUACUUCACCAAUGCCGUGUCUUGUUUCAACUGGUUGUUGUUCCUCAUGUUCUUUGCCGUCAGCGCCAAGGGUGGCGGUGCCUGGCAGACACACAUGGCGGCUUUCUACGUGCUCUUCCUCUGGUCCAAAACCAUGCACAUGGUCGGACAGUUCCCCAGCUGCGGCAUCUACGUGAGCAUGUUCAUACGUGUCGCCAAUGUGUUCUGCAAGAUAUUCUUCGUCUACUUCAGUCUUCUCGUGGCGUUCUCCAUCAGCUUCCACCUGGCCUUCCGCACUGAGGGAGCGUUUUCCGAUCCGUUCAACUCGUUCAUGAAGACGCUGACCCUGAUGCUAGGAGAGGUGGACUAUGAGGCUCUCUUCCUGGACAAGACCCAGCCUCCGCUGCGCGGCACGAGUCACAUCAUAUUCUUCCUGUUCCUCGUCCUCGUUUCCAUCAUCCUGUCCAACCUGCUCGUGGCGCUGGCCGUCAACGACGUGCAGGGCCUUCGCCAGGGCGCCCACCUAGAGCGCCUCAAAAAGCAGUCACAACUCAUAUACAACACCGAACUGAUGACGGCCUUCAUGAAGUCGCUGUGCAGUUGCAAGUGGCUGCAGGUCGCCACACAACCCGUGCUGGACUCGAUCCAUUUGGACGUGCUCUCCAAGCGCGUGUUCCUCCUUCCCAACCAUCCGCAGAAGUCGCACCACUUGCAGAUCCUUGACUACAAGACCAAAAGCAUCCGCGAGCACAAGAUCAGCAAGGAGAUGUUGGAGCGGAUCUGGCGCGCGCUGCAGAACCAGGAGGGUCGCGAGGCGGGCUCCGGCGGCGGCUCCUGGGGCGGGCGCCCGACGGCGCCGGCCGCCCCUGGUCGUCGCAACACCUCCCUCCGGUCUCCCGAGACCGACGGCAUGCUGCGGAUGCACCGCGGCCGCGAGGGUCGCCGCGGCCUGCAGCGCCAGCUGGAUGAGUUUCGCCGGGAUGUGGGCGGGCGCAGCGGCCCCUGGCCUGAGGCCAAGGAGGGCGGCGGCUCGCAGCCUCUCCCCGGAGAGGCCGGCGACGAGCGAGAGCCGCAGGAGCAGCCCUGCUGA